AUGGCGACGACUCCCGUGUCGGUGGUCUGCGUCGGGAUGGCAGGCUCCGGGAAGACGACCUUCAUGCAGAGAAUCAACUCGUACCUCCAUUCGAAGAAGAAGAUCCCCUACGUUCUCAACCUCGACCCCGCUGUAUACUCGGUCCCUUUUGAGAGCAAUAUCGACAUCCGUGACUCGAUCAACUACAAAGAAGUUAUGAAGCAGUACAAUCUGGGACCUAACGGCGGUAUCUUGACAUCAUUGAAUCUGUUUGCGACAAAGGUUGAUCAGAUUAUAUCAUUACUGGAAAAGCGUACUGCACCCAAUCCCGAAAAUCCAUCAGCCAAGCCUAUCGAGCACAUUUUGGUCGACACGCCCGGACAAAUCGAAGUCUUCGUUUGGAGUGCAUCCGGGAGCAUCUUACUGGAGACACUAGCCUCUUCGUUCCCUACUGUCAUCGCCUAUGUCAUUGAUACCCCGCGUACGACUUCCACAAGUACCUUUAUGAGCAACAUGCUCUACGCCUGCAGUAUCCUGUACAAAACAAAACUGCCAAUGAUCCUCGUGUUCAACAAGACAGACGUCCAGGAUGCAGAGUUUGCGAAAGAAUGGAUGACCGACUUCGAUGCAUUCCAGCAAGCAUUGCUAGAGGAGGAGGAGUCUGGUGCUUUCGGAGGGGAGGGCAGCGCCGCAGGAUUCGGGGCAGGCAGCGGAUACAUGGGCUCGCUUCUCAAUAGUAUGAGUCUAAUGCUGGAAGAGUUCUAUCGCCACUUGAGUGUCGUGGGCGUAAGUUCCAUGACAGGCGACGGCAUUGACGAUUUCUUCGAAGCAGUUGAAGAGAAGCGCCAGGAGUUUGAACGGGACUACAAGCCAGAAUUGGAACGCAAGAAGAAGGAGCGCGAGGAAACCCAGGCAGCUCAGCGCGAGUUGGAGCUGGGCAAGCUGAUGAAGGAUAUGAGCGUGUCCGGAUCUUCGCGGAAGCCGCGUGCCGCGAACGAAGCUGAGACCGUCAGCGAAGCAGAGGAGGAGGAAGAAGCAGCCGCUGCAGCAGCAAGCAAGGGGAAUCUGGAGCUUUCGGAGAACGAUGACGAUACCGACGAUGACGAGGAAGGUGUUCCUCCAGCUGGUGACGAGGCGGGGCUGUCCCAGCGAUACAAAGAAGCUCUCUCAGAGUCUCAAGGCGGCCCGAACGACGAAGAUUUGAGCUUUGCACGGUAUCUACGCUCUAGUAAUAUCAACCGAUAG